AUGGACAAUGUGGAAGAUCAAGUCGUAGAACCGCUCACCCCUGAACAACAGGCACAAAAAGAAAAACAUGAUUGGAUUAAUCAAUUACGACUCAAGUUUUGUAUUCGACCUGAAUUCGAAGUGACCAAAAAUAUCAUUCAUCCUGAUGGUCGAUUAAAUCAAGAUUACUUUCGACCUCCCAAGAAUUACAAAGCAGAAGCAGCAAGAAAAUGGACCGAUGUAGAAAAAGAAUUGUUGAUUCAAGGGAUUGCGAAACAUGGUAUUGGUAACUUUGGUCUGAUAUCGAAAGAAUCAAUGCCCAAAUGGUCUACAAAUGAUCUUCGGGUGAAAUGUAUUCGAUUGAUUGGUCGACAAAAUUUGCAAUUGUACCGUGGAUGGAAAGGCAAUGCGGAGGAUAUCGCUCGUGAAUAUGAACGCAACAAAGCCAUUGGGUUAAAAUUCGGCACAUGGAAACAAGGGGUUUUGGUAUAUGAUGAUGAAGGGAACGUUGAAAAGGAAAUCUUGGCAACUGAACCAGACAAUAGGAACAUCAACAACAGUAGCAGCGAUACUGGUGGUAAUGAUGGUGAUAACAACGACGACGACGACGAUGAUGAUGACGAAGAUGAUGAUGAUGAUGAUGUGGAAAUGGAACAACAGUAG